AUGGAAGAAGUUGACAGAAUUUUAAUCCAAAGUUUACGUGAUAUUGGAUGUCAAAUAGAUGAUGCACUUCAAAAUGUCGGUGAAUUCGAUGUUAGCACCCUGUUUGCCUGUGUUUCACAAUGUCUUCAGCUGAUAACUGGAAACAAAGAGUUGCCUACUCGUUUGCCGGCAAAUAUUUCUACGCGAUUUAAAAUUUGUGGCGAACUAGCUCAACUCUGUCAGUCUAAUGGUUACAAGGGUGAUAUUGGUUAUCAGACAUUUCUGAGUAUCAAUGAACAUGAAACGAGAAAACUACUUAACUUUCUAAUUGAAAAAGUGCCCAGAGAAGUGGCAGUGACUAUAGCAUCGACCACACUCGAUCCUUGGGAUGCUCUUGAUCGUGUUAUAUCAAAUAGAAUUACAACUCAAUUGACAGAUUCAACAUGGAUAGCACAUGAUCUUGUUCUCGAUCUUUGCCACGUUCCAUUUUUCCAUCCAGCUGCUGCAUUUGCUCAUAAAUCGGGUUUUACACCAACGAAUUGCUCUAAAAUCUCUCAUCUUCAUGUUCCGCCACGCAAUGGCAAAACUAAACUAUCAGCAGAUUCCAGUGCAUAUGUUUUUGAUCAAGUCGAUAUUCGCAAUUUAGCUGACUCAUUAAUGUACGAAAAUCAAGUUUUGUGUUGGAUGGAAAAACAACGUGAAUCGAGUUACUUAAUACCCGGUCAAGUAAUCAAACAAGUGUUCUCCAAAGAACUUUGCAAACAAAUCGAAGACGGUGAUACAAUUGGAGCGAAGUAUGAAUAUUCCUAUCAUAAUGAGGCGAAGAAGAAAAGUGAUGAUUCCUUGUUGACACGAUCACGUUUUAUGCAUACCAACGCGCAUGAUCAACAAGAAAAUGGUACUGAGGACAAUUCCAAGCGAACUGUUGAUCAUACAGAAGAACUGGAAACAUUGAAGGGUUCGAUUAACGAAAACGAAGAACUUAUCCGGCAGCUUGAAGCGCAGUUACAAAAAUUAGAAGGAAGUAUCAAGAAAUACGAAAAAUUCUCCGAUGAAACUAAUGCAGAAAUUGAUACGAUCAACAAAGGUUUAACAGUAAAGAAACAAGCAGCCACUUAUUUGCUAGCAAUCGAUCCAGAAACGGGACGUUUACAAAAAGCGAUUGAUAAACUAAAAACGAAAUUGAGUACACUGGAAAGCCAAUGGGCUGAUGCGCGUGCUGGUCUUGUCGAACAACGUGAUAAACUGCUUCAAGCACUGAAUGAUCGUUCGGCGAAAAUGAAUGAAAAAUUAGCACAAAUCAAUGAAAUGAAAGGCAAAGGACGAGCACUAAUGAGCGACAUCAAAGAAAAAGACGAACAAUUAAGUCAACUUCAACGGGAUUAUGAAGCACACAAGGCAUCCGUGUCGAAAAACGAUCAUUCGCGAUCGUUUUUCACAAAGCAAAUCUUGGAAAUUGUUGCAAACACUAAUAAACAAAAAGAAGAAAUUAAUAAAACAAUCAUCGAAACACGAAUCCUACAAAAAGAUAUGAAUCGAUUGACAGAAAAACUCGAACGAACAUUUCAAGUCGCCGAUAGUCAACUGUUCAAAGACGCAAAGACAGAUGAAUGUGCGCGCCGAUCGUAUAAGAUGUUAGUGGAUUUCCAUUCGAAUUGUGAUGUGAUCUAUAAAAUCGUGGAAGACAUUGGCGUUAUCAUUCGAGAAAUUCGUGAACUAGAAGAUCAGAUCGAAGUCGAAUCACAAAAGAAUAUGACGGCGAACUUAGAAAAAUUGAUUGGAGAGUAUAAAAAGAUUCGCGAUGAAAACAAGGCGCUGAAAGGAGGGAAAAAAUGA